AUGACCUCUAGAGAAUGGAAGCCUGGGAAUGUGUAUGGUCUUGAUACAGAGCCGAGUUAUGCUAUCCUCUCCUACACCUGGGGCAGAUACGAAGUUCCGAACGGUCCGCGACUCAAGAUCAAGGGCAUCGACUGGCAGGUACCAUCAAUCAAUGUAAAUCAUUUCACCGUUGCCGACCUGAACCGUCUCCUGGAGCAGGUCAUGCUCAAAGAUAAGUAUGUUUGGAUAGACAUAGCUUGCAUUGAUCAAAAACGGGAGAAAGAAAAGAUGGAAGAAGUUGGGCGACAGGCUAUCAUUUUCAAAGGUGCUCGACAAGCAUAUGUCUGGCUGAACAAACAUGAGCCGGAAACCCUCAACCAACACAUGCAGGUUCUGAUGCGUUGCGGUUACGAAUAUGCCCAAGGAAAUGUUGACCCACUACAGGCAGCAGAAAGGAUGCUUAGUAGCAUAUCCCGUAUCCUUCAAGAUCCUUGGUUUUCUUCACUGUGGACAUUACAGGAGUCGGUAUUGCAAAGACAUGCCAUACUGUUGAAUAAAAGGGGUGAGCCUGUCGCAACCAAUGGACCGUGGACUGGCCAAAGUGCCUUUUGCGAACUAAUGGACAUCUCCGGUGCUUGCGGCAUUGCAAGAAGUUUAACCGAUCAGGCUAUGCAAGCGGAGUCAGGUGCAGUUCACGACGGUAGGCUCUCGCUGCAGUCGGAAAGGCUUCAGUCGCUACGCACGAUCAUUGAUGAGUCAGGCAUAGACUUUAUGCUCUGCCCAAACCCAAACAUCCAGUACGCUGCAGCCAGGUUUAGAAAAACCUCUCGGCCUGUAGAUCGCAUUUACGCUAUCAUGCAGGUUUAUGGCUAUAGACUCGGCAACUCCGUGACUUCAAUUCCGAGGAUGCGACACUUUGGCCUCGAAGAUCUGGAACUGCAGUUCCUUACAACCCUGACCUCCCGGUCUGCUCUACUCAGUCAGGCUUUCCAGCAUCUGAAAGUACCUGAAGCAGGGCAGAGCUGGUGCAUUAUCAACCACAUCCGUGUGCCUGAGCGCUUUCACAAUGUAAUCGUGCAUGAGCAAUUCCUAUCUUCAGCCUGCACCAUCUCGGUCCACAAAAAGAGCGAGGCUUACUUCGAAGGCACAGCAUUUACUCUACGCGAGCUUUUGGCUUUCUGGAAAUCAAGAAGCCAAGAGAUGUUGACGUGGCUGGACAAGGCGAGCGACGCUCCCGGUGAGUUGAAGGCGCGCAACGCCUAUUUUAGGAAUGGAGGGUACAUGGAUCGGUUAUUCAAACGAGCAAAGCAAGGCGUGAUGAUGGACUGUAGUCAAGCCAUGUCAUUCGAAUGGCCUCCGGACACCACCGUGCUGGAUGACCGAGCAGAACCGAUAAUCGCAUGUAGAGUUCCCGAACUGACUCGCGCAGCAGACACCCUACAGGCCAUCGGGGAGGCCAUAGUAACGAGGCACAGCGACAUGACGCCUAGCGUACUUUACCUCGGACGCACUAAGCAUAUUGAAUCUAUGGAAAUUGCGCUAGUCAUUGUACGAGAGGGCAGUGUCCGCAGUGGUCUGAGAAUGAAAAAGCAAGACAUUUGGAGAAGAGUGGGGAUUUGCUUCUGGCAUGUUGAAGGAGGUUCCGUUGAUGAUCUGGCGAGAUUGCUCCGUCCGUUGAAGGGAAGGUUUGGAUAG